UACCCCCUCCCCUCAGACCAACGUGACAGGAAUCAGGAUUGGGGUUUGUUUUCAGUUGGUCUUAGAUAAACAAGCCGUGCUGCUGGUCCUACAGACACUAUAGAUCUACUGAUGAGGAAGUAGCAUCGGCUAGGCAAGUCGGUUCCAUACAGAUCUAGAGUAAUGGCAACAGUUAAACCAGAUGACAGACUGACAAGUUCUCAGGGCUUUAUGUGCGUUGGUUUUGCGGGAGUUUUCAGUAAAACUGUCACGUCGCCUCUGGAGGUGGUGAAAAUCAAGAGUCAAGUAGGCACAUUUCACUGUAAAAAAGGCUUUCUGCACAGCUUUAAUGUCGUCUACCAGAAUGAAGGCCUACGAGGAUUUUGGAAGGGGAACCUCGUCUCCUGUCUCCGCCUGUUUCCUUACAGCGCCGUCCAUUUGGCAACAUAUAAACAGAUCGUCCACCUCCACAUGGAUGAAUUGGGCUACAUUUCUCAGUGGAGGGCCAUUUUCGCUGGUGGGCUAGCUGGUAUCAGUGCUGCGCUGGCCACGUACCCUCUGGAGGUGGCAGAGACUCGCCUCAUAGCUCAGAACUGCAGAGAGCCCACAUACAGGGGGGUGGUCCACACGCUCUCCAAGAUAUACCAGACCGAAGGCCUUCGAGCACUCUACAGGGGCUUCUCUCUCACAGUCCUAGGUGCGUUUCCCUUCUCCAUUGGUUGCUAUGCAGUCUACAUCAACUUGGAUAAGCUGUGGCGGGAGCCCCAAUUCCGGUUCACUCCCCUUCAGAACUUCAUAAAUGGCUGUGUAGCGGCAGGAAUAGCUCAAACCUUCUCCUACCCCUUUGAAACUGUGAAAAGGAAAAUGCAGGCCCAGAAUCCUCGGCUCCCGCAUUACGGUGGGGCUGAUGUCCACUUCACUGGAAUGCUGGACUGCUUCAGGCAGGUGAUCAGAAACAAGGGCAUCCUGACAUUGUGGAGUGGCAUCACAGCCAACAUGGUCAAGAUUGUCCCCUACUUUGGCCUUCUCUUCAGCUGCUUUGAGAUGUGCAAGCAGGUCUGUCUGUACCGCAACGGGUACAUUGUGUCUCCAUUGAGCUAUAAGUUGGCACCAGGAGUGGACCAGAGCAUGGGCCCCACUGAGGUGGAAGAGGUGAAGAGGUACCUGAAGAAUAGGAACUUUCAGUCACAGCAAGGAAGUCGCUGGUAAAACUGGUGAAAAAAAAAAAACAUUACCAAAAAAAACGAUGGAACAAAGACGUCUGGAUUUCUGAAGAGGAGGAUGACCAUUAGUAUAGGAAAGUGUCUGAACGAUGAAAAGGAGUCAGGAAUAUUUGUUGGAAUUCAAUGCUUUGAAGAUGACAAUUUGGUAUUUUACAGAUUUGUGUUUGUGUAUUAGCAACUAUUUCAGAAUCAGAGGUAGAUCCAUUGAUAUUUGAAAGUUGCAAUGCAAUCAUAGGAUUGCACUUCUAUAAUUGACACAUGGAAAAAAACUUUUAACUGUUUGUUCAGCAAUUCCUCAUUCAGAGUUUAAGUAUUUUUUAAACUUUGUUAUACAGUUUUUUGACAGUUAUCUCUGUGUUAUUACUACAGUUUAUUCAUGCUUAUGGGCUGCAGGUAGCCUAGCGUUUAAGAGCUUUGAGCCAGUAACCAAAAGGUUGCUGGUUUGAAUCCCUGAGCUGUCGA